AUGGACCCGUCCAGUCUCUUCCGCCAGCUGCUACGCAUGCCGGUAGUACAUCGAACCGCCCUAAUCGCGCCUACGCGUCCCCAUGCGCGCGCUUUCGCCAUGCUAGCACCCCCACUGCCGCAUUCACGCUUCCUGUCUAUCCCCCGCAUUGUCCAGCCGAGCUUCUGGGCCUCCUUGAUACCCAAGCCACUCAAGACCCGCUCCGAGCAACCUAGGCGCAAAGAAUGGAACCCCGCUACCCCGUACAUUAUUCUUGGACUGCUUGUCGGCAGCCAGGCCAUUCAGAUACUAUGGUUGAAGCAGGAGAGGGCACACAACCUUCGUAGAGCCGAAGCGAAGCUUGGUGUGUUGAGGGAGGCCAUUGAGCGCGUACAAAAGGGGGAAGACGUCUCGGUUGAAGCAGCUUUGGGAACGGGCAAUGAAGCAGACGAGAGAGAAUGGGCUGAGGUUCUGAAAGAUAUCCAGAACGAAGAGGCUCUUUUCCAGAGCAAGAAGAAGAGGAAGGCCUUGAGAGAUGCUGCUAUGCAAGAGGCCGCCCAUACUUCGGGCAAGGACAAAAAGGAAACAGCAAAGAGUGACUUGCCCAAACAAGAGGUCGAGAGCGUCGGCGGAGUCAAGUUCUACUGA